GAGCGGCGGCGGCGGCGGCGGCGGUUGCCAGCGGCGGCCCAGAGCCCUCUCGCGGCCGCGGCGGCAGCAGCGCCAGCCUCAGCCCCAGCCCGGCCGCUGCCGCUGCCGCCGCCGCCGCUGCCGCUUCACGCUCCUGCUGCCCGGCCCGACAUGAGUGAAACGGGUCGGGUGCCGUCGCCCGCCGCUCAGCCGGCAGUGGCGGCGGCCGCGCCGGAGGAAAAAAAAGGAAAAGAACCGGAGCGCGAGAAGCUGCCGCCCAUCGUGUCCGCCGGGGCUGGCGCGGCUGCGGGUUUGGACAGAGGAGCCAAAGGCCAAAUUUCCACUUUCAGCAGUUUUGUUUCAACUGUCAGCCAGAAGAAAGAAGCCCCUGAGAACAGAAGUUCACCUACACAUCUUGUUUUCCCUAACAUCAAGAAUGUGAGAGACCUACCACCAAUUUGCCUUGAUGUUAGACAAAAACAGCGUCUAUCUCUAGAUGCAUUACCAUCUGAAAUGAAGGCCCCAGCCCUUCCAGAACCCACCCUUCCUAUCCAAUCCAAAACUAUGAAAGACUUCCAGGAAGAUAUAGAAAAAGUUAAGUCAUCAGGUGACUGGAAAGCAGUACAUGAUUUUUAUCUAACAACAUUUGAUUCUUUCCCACAAUUAAAUGCUGCAUUUAAGAAAGAUGCCACUGCCCCAUUUAAUAGCAUUGAAGAUUCUGGGAUUAAUGCUAAAUUUGUGAAUGCAGUGUAUGAUGCCUUACUUAACACUACUUCUCAUAGCUUGAUGCUCCUGAUUCAAGGACCACACUUUGAGAACCUUCCUGUUAUACAUCAAUUUGUGGAGAAUUGACAUCCUUUCAAUCUGUGAAUGUGGUAAAACUUCCAAAUACCUAGGUCAUCUCUGAUUUUUUCUCAAUAUUGUUUUGUAGUUUUCUUUAUAGAAGUGUUACAUAGUGUGUCAAUAAAUUUACUUGGAUUUUCUAUGUACACAAUCAUGUCUUAUGGAAAAUGAGUUUUAUCUCUUUCUCUUCUUUACAUCUUUUAUGAAUGGAUGAAUAUAUUCGUCUUACUGCACUAGGUAGGGCCUCUUAUAUAAUUUUGAAUAAAAGAAGUAGUAGCAGAUCUCUUUUCUUAUUCUCGUUCUGAAUACUUUACUAUUAAAUAUCACUGGUUAUCAGAGAAAUGGAAAUAACAGUAUCCAUCCAUCAAAAUUAAUACAUUUUUUUCAAAAACCUUACCGAGAAUUAGCAAUAUUAUAGAAAAAGCAAAGUUAUAUAUCUUGCUGAUGUGAGUAUAAAUUGAUACGACUAUUUUGGGAAACUACCUGGCAUUAUCUACUGCCACUCAACAAAUGUGUAUGUGCGUAUACUGUGAUCCAACAGUCCUACGUCUGGGUCCACUUCUCUGACUUCUUUUGGUGUGGCAUGAUUCUGUUUUAUUAGCACUAAAAAAUUAGGUCUACAGACAUGAGGAAAUUACCUUUCAACAUGGAAUACAAACUGAAAGUAAUUAAACCAAACUAUAUUUUUAAUACUAUAACCAUGUUUAAAAAAAAAAACUCAGUGAUGUAACUUUUACAUACUUUAAAAGAUUUUUGGAGAAAUGGAAUUAAUGGCAUGCAGUGCUGGUUCAACAUUUGAAAAUCAAUUAAUAUAAUUCAUCACAUCAAUAGACUAAAGAAGAAAAUUGAUCCUAUCAACAGAUGCAAAAGAACUAUUUGACAAAUUUUAGCACUUGGUCAUGAUGGGUCAUUUUUAAAAUAAUUUUUGUUCAAUUGCUAGUAUUUUUUAGAGUUUUUGCAUCUAUGUUCAUGAGAAAUGUUAGUUCAUAAUUUUCCUUUCUUGUAAUUUCUUUCUGCACUUUGAUUAGUAGAGUAAUGCAGACCUAACAGAAUGAAUUAGGAAGUAUUCUCUCUGCUUUUUUAUGGAAGGAAUUUUUGUUUUAUUUUUAUUUGACACACAGAGUUAGACAGUGAGAGAGAGAGACAGAGAGAAAGGUCUUCCCUCCGUUGGUUCACCACCCAAAUGGCCGCCACGGUCGGACCGAUCCAAAGCCAGGAGCCAGGUGCUUCUUCCUGGUCUCCCACUCCCAGGCCACAGCAGAGAGCUGGAUUGGAAGAGGAGCAACCGGGACUAGAACCCGGCACCCAUAUGGGAUGCCAGUGCUGCAGGCAGAGGAUUAACCAAGUGAGCCAUGGUGCUGGCCCCUGGAAGGAAUUUUAAGAAAUUGGUAUCAUUUUCACCUUAAAUAUCUGGUAGAACUCACCAAUAAAGCUAUCUGGGCCUGGUACAUUCUGUUUUGAAAGAUUAUCACUUCCAUUUAUGUAGUAGACAUAGGUCUACUUAGAUAAUCUAUCAUAUGAAUUUGUAUAUUGUGUCUUCAAGGACACAUACAGGAUAUCAAAUAUGUGGCGAUAGACUUGUUCAUAAUUGUACAGUACUUUCCCUUUAAGUCCAUGGGGUCAGUAGUGACAUUCCUUCUUUCAUUUCUGGUGUUGUUAUUGUGUUCUUUCUUCCUUUCUUGAUGAGUCAGGCUAUAGGUUUGUCAGUUUUGUUGAUCUCUUCAGAAAAAUUGCAUUUGUUUUUUUUUUAAAUUUUCUCUAUCAGUUCCCUGUUUUCAGUUUCAUUGAUUUCAGCUUUUUCUUAUUUCUUUCCUUCCUUCUGUUGGAUUUAAUUUGUUCUUUUAAUUUUUUAAGGUGGAAGCUUAAAUGAUUGAUUUGAAAUCUUUUUUCCUAAUAUAUUCAUUCAGGGUCUUCAAAAACUUCAUGAAAAAUGUGUAUUUUGAAAAAAUGGCAUGGAUUUCAAAACAUUUUGCAGCAGAAUCAUUUUUAAAUUCCAUUUUCCUAAAAGUCUUUUGAAGCCCCCUUAUACAUUUGCCUUUAAUCAAGGAUGAGCAAUGUCUGGCCCUGGGGCUGUACAAGACCUGCGAUAUCCUUUGGUUGGUGCUGCAAUCCACAGGUGGGACUCAAAACUCAGUAAAUCUAUAGCAGGCUAAUUUUUAAGUUGAUAACUUUGUGCGGCCCACGAGUGAUGUUGUCAGUACCCAAAUGGCCCUUGGCAGGACAGUUUCCCCACCCUGCAAAGUGCUGCUUUGAAUGCAUCCCAGAAAUUUUGAUAUAUUGUAUUUUCACUUUUUUGAAAGACCGAACAUAGGUUUAGCAUGUGACCAAACAGUCAUGCUACUAGAUAUUUAGCCAAAUGAGUUAUAAACUUUUUAUCUUCCCCAAAAUAUGCAAAUAUUUAUAGCAGCUUUAUUCAUAAUUGCCAAAAUUGAAAGCAACUAAGAUAUCCCUCAGUAGGUGAAUGGAUAAACAAACUGGUAUAUCCAUACCCUGGAAUAUUUUUGAACAAUAAAAAGAGAUGAACUAUCAAUUCAUAAAAAGACAUGGGGAAAUCUUAAAUGUGUAUUGCUAAGUAAAAGAAGCCAAUCUGAAAAGGUUACUUACUGUCGCUCCCCCUCUUCAUGGAGGAACGACACUAAACCCUGCCUAGGCUUCAUAUCCGAGUCACGGCGCCAUUAUGUCGCUCCCCCUCUUCAUGGAGGAACAACACAGGACCCUGCGCUGUUCUUUCAUCUGCUCGGCCCUCCCCGGGUUUGCUGCUGGUUCUUCCCGGGUUGGCUACUGUCCCUUCCACCUCCGUGGAAGGGCGGUUCCCCCUGGCCACUUUCCCCACUUCCGCAGGGGAGCGGCACACCGCCGGCCGGCUCUCUCGGGGGCUGCACAGGUGUUCCCCUUAGAUGUUCCUGGUGCAUGCCGUCUCUCUCCUCCUUUAUAGUCCUCCUCUGCCAAUCCCAACUCGGCUGCCCACACGCCGAGUACGCUGCUCUCCUCCAAUCAGGAGCAAGUCCUACAGUUUAUUGGCUGAACUGGAGGCAGCUGUGUAGAAGCUGUUUUCUCCUCUCCCAGCGCCAUAUUGUGGGAGAGCAGAUGCAUAGAAUAAGUCUUAAUUCCAGUAACUUAGUCUAGUCCGAGUUGCUCCCCACAGAUCCCCCUUUCUUUUUAUUUUUGGCGUUGAUACGCGCCUGUCUUCGGUGCCCCGCGGCACACACUCUGCUCUGCUUGCUAGAGUUGCCACAGUUUCUUACAAGUCCUAUCAAUCAGGCAAACCGAAUCUGGGUCCUCUCUUUGCCAUGUUGUGAGGAGGUUUUUAGGCGCUGAUGCGUGCCUGUGUUCGGUGCCCUGCAGCACAUGCUCUGCUCUGCCUGCAGGUGCUUACAAGCCCUAUCAGGCAAACCGAAUCCAAGCCUUCUCAUUGCCAUAUUGUGGGGAGGCUUAUUGGUGUUGAUUCGUGCCUAUCUUCGGUGACCUGCAGCUCAUACUCUAGUCGAGCUGCCUGCUGGUGCUUACCGCCUUACUAAUCAGGCAGACCGAAUCCAAGCCUUCUCAUUGCGGUAUUGUGGGGAGGCCUUAUUGAUGUUAACUCGUGCCUGUCUUCGGUGACCUGCGGCGCAUAAGCUGCUAGCCGCCCACAGGUGCUCACCGCCUUCCUAAUCAGGCAGACCGAAUCCAAGCUCUCUCAUUGCUGUGUUGAGGGGAGGCCUUUCUAUUUCUCUAUUUCUCUAUCUCCGGGCAUUCCUAUUUCUCCCAUUUUACUUCUGUCUGCCAACAUUCCUAUUUCUCUCAUUUUACUUCUAAACUUCUGUUUCUCUUAUCCCCGCGGCUUCCCGGCGCCCGCCCCGAGGCUGCUUCUCGGCGGCUUCCCAGCUGAGCCGCUUCAGCCCGCGCCUCUCUCAUCUGCGCGGCUCGGCUUUGCGCGCACACUCCACGGUCUCACACUAGCCCAGCGUUCCCUAUCUACUUGUGCCCCGCACGCUCUCUCUGCGCACGGCAGCCUCCACGAGUCACACAGCGUAGCUUACGUCUCCGCCACUAGUAUUCAAUCUAAGUUCCCCGGGCUAACCUGGCGAAUUCAACCCAGCUCACGUUUCCGCCCCACGAUCUGGCUUCCCGUCCUUUGCUCCCCGGGCUAAUCAGACGGAUCCCAACCGGGCUUACGUUUCCGCUUCUGGUUUUAACUUUUCGCCCCCUAUUCCCGGGCUAACUUGAGAAUCCCAAAGUGGCUUUCGUUUCCGCCUCGGCCUGCCCCCCGCGGCUUCAAUUUCCCUAACAUUUUUCUCUACCCGGUAUAUUUCCCUAAGUUUUCUUCCAACAAUAUUCCUCCCUCAUUUCUCCUGGCUUCUCCCCACAGUCCGUAUCCAAGUCUGUUUGUUCUAGCUUUCACUUUCGCUUUCGCCCUUAGAGAUUUCUCCCAGCUUCCCCCCGUAGUCCGUAUCUGAGUCUAUGC